UGACCCUCUUUGUCUCUUUCUAACAGAACAGAACAUCGAACAAGGUAUCUCCAGACAUCAUAGAUUUCAUCGAAUGUUCUUCUUCUUUAAAUUGUGAUUGUGUUAAAAAGUCAUUAAACUGGGGGAAAAUGGUACGGAGAAGGUAGAAGAAGAAGAAGGAGAUGGACCUACUACACCUACAGGCUACUACUACUAGUACUGCUUGAAUCUUUGGAUGGUCACUUUCAAUGAUUCUUGCUGUCCAGUGUGGGUUCCCCUGUUUCCUCUCACCCCUGACCCCAUCUACUAAUCACUCUUUCCAACUUGCCUUCUCACUCUUCUCUUAUGAGAGAGAGAGAGAGAGAGAGAAACCUCAUCUUUCAAAUUUUUGAUUAUUUUCACUUUUACAGUCUAUGAGAGAGAGAAGAAGCUCAGAUUGUUUGUCAAGAAGAUUUAGAUUUGUGGAGCUUAAGUAGAUCACAAGAUCUUCUGUUCAUAUGAAGAGAUCUUUCCUUCUCUGGUAUGUGCUCCUGGUACAAGCAUACUAUGGUGCUUGGUACAGUGUUGGAGGAAGCCUGCAUUGUGAAUAUUCAAAUUCAGUUAUUCUUCACCGGCCUCACAGCGUAUCCAUCACAGAGUUUGGAGCGGUUGGAGAUGGUGUCACUCUAAACACUAAAGCCUUUCAGAAUGCUUUGUUCUACCUCAACUCUUUCUCUGACAAAGGCGGUGCCAAGCUCUUUGUUCCCGCCGGUCAGUGGCUUACCGGUAGUUUCGACCUUAUCAGCCACCUAACGUUAUGGCUAGACAAGGGUGCAACGAUUCUCGGGUCAACGAUCUCCGAGAAUUGGCCUGUGGUUGAUCCAUUACCAUCAUAUGGAAGAGGAAGAGAGUUGCCUGGUAGAAGACACAGGAGUCUUAUAUAUGGUCAGAACCUCACUGAUGUUGUCAUAACAGGUGAGAACGGGACAAUUGAUGGUCAAGGAAGUGUAUGGUGGGAUUGGUUUAGAAAUGGAGAGCUAAACUAUACAAGACCUCAUCUUGUUGAGCUCAUAAACACUACUGGUCUUAUCAUCUCCAACCUCACCUUCUUGAAUUCACCUUUUUGGAACAUUCAUCCUGUUUAUUGCAGAGAUGUUGUUGUAAAGAAUCUCACAAUCUUGGCUCCUCUUGACUCUCCAAAUACAGAUGGAGUUGAUCCAGAUUCAUCAACUGAUGUUUGCAUAGAGGAUUGUUACAUAGUUACUGGAGAUGAUUUAGUAUCUAUUAAAAGUGGAUGGGAUGAGUAUGGAAUAUCCUACGCCAGACCGAGCUCCAAGAUCAAGAUCAACCGGUUAACGGGUCAAACCACUUCAAGCUCAGGAAUAGCCAUAGGAAGUGAAAUGUCAGGGGGUGUAUCUGACAUCUAUAUCAAAGACUUGAAUCUAUUGAACUCCAAUACCGGAAUCAGAAUCAAGACUUCUCCUGGACGAGGCGGGUACGUUAGAAACGUUCAUGUGUCUAACCUGAAGUUCCAUAACGUGCAGAAAGCUAUUAGGUUCACGGGUAAGUACGGUGAGCAUCCUGAUGAAAACUUUGAUCCCAAGGCACUUCCGGCUAUAGAGAAGAUCACGUUUGAGAAUGUUAGCGGUGAAGAAAUCGGUGUUGCGGGUCUUCUUGAAGGUAUUGAAGGAGACGAGUUUAAGAACAUAUGUUUCCUUAAUGUUACUCUUACGGUGAAGAAGAACUCGAAGAAGUCUCCAUGGAAAUGCUCACAUGUUAGAGGCUAUUCACAGUGGGUUUCGCCGGAGAUUACUUGUGAUUCUUUUGAAGAGAGUAUCUUCCCGGAGCAUAGCUCUGAUUGUUUUGGGUUGUCAGAGAAUAAUCUGGAGAAAUCAAGUGGUUUAAGUAGAUCACCAUGGUUGCUUUCUUGGUAAGUUACUGAUGUUUGACCUAAGGGGAACACACAGUUUGCUUGAGUGUGAAGAAACCUCUUCAAAUUUUCCUUCCAAUUUUUUUUCUCUGAGGUUUUUGUUUUUCAAAAGUGAUGUUUUCUUCUUUCUUCCUUUUUGUUGUAAAUUUGUGUGCAGUGAGGAGAAUAAUCAGAGUGACUUGAGAGCUUUUUUGUUGUUGUUUUUUUUUGUAUGGAUUUUUAAUGCUUUGGUGAGCAGAACAAGUGUAAUAUCUUCACAAAGAGACUUGAGAUUUUUUUUU